AUUAGCCGCUGUGCGGCAAAAAACAGGUAUGUGCACAUAUUAUUUUUGGGCUGGGCCUCGAACACAGGCAUGCCAUCACGAUGAUGCGCCGGUGUCACCUCAGCAAGCGCCUAUCUCUAGUUCACGAUGGCAGGGUCCAAGGUCACCAUGUCCUACGUGUAACUUGUCCAAGAAGUUCUACGAACGAACCAUUGCAAGACACAUCGAAUCAUCAUCAUGAUAGCGGGUUGACCUAUACUUAAUUCUAGAGGAUAGUGUCUCGCAACGUUUCACUCCGCGUUUUUGCUAUGUUCGCUAGGCUGUGGCCUCAAAUGAUUUCACAACGUUCAACUCUGUGUCUGUCUUUGCCUCUCAGGGAAGCUGUGCGUUCCACAAAUAAGUGGAUAUUUGCCAUGCUAUAACGAGGUAGAAUCAUCGAUGGAGGAAACCCUGCCUGCUUCUUCUUUUUAUUUCUUUGUUCUUGAGCUCUGGAGCUCGGCGCCGGGGAGAUGCUGCGCACCUUCAUUCGCCUUUUCAACUCUCAUUUCGUACUCCGUACUUUAUACUUCAUUUCUUUGUUUAAUCUCCUUUGCUGGUCCUUUCACGAUGUUCAAGCUGCUCCCGUGCGCAUUUCAGUUGGCCCACAAGAACAGGAAAUCUGCGUAUCUUCCGAGGCGACUGUACUUAGCCCAGCUACCGUCGUUGGCCAAAAUUAUGUUUUCAACCAAUCUUACGGCUUACAGCGUGUAGCUAGAGAUUCAGGACUUGAUGGAGAUAUCGUCUCAGCCUCUGACGUUUCCACAGCAACAACGUCGGCGAUGCCAUUCACGAGCACUGGAGCUACGGCAACUCCACCCAGUUCAUCGCCAUCGACAUCGGAUUCGAGCACGUCUUCUGCGUCUUCCUCAAGCUUGUUUCAGUUGGAGACUAGGGGGUCUUCUGCAGGAACUGAUAGCCCUACUCACGCCCCCUACAUCAUUUACGCUUACUACCCCAUCUUUUCCCCUACUGUUCCGACAUCAGUGACAACGGCGGCCGAAUGUUUCCCAUCCUCUCCUGUGCUCGAAGGGUCGUUUCCAUCGACGCUUUCUGCAUCACAAGAAACAUCUUCAGCUACUGCUCUAUUUUUGGCCCCUGAUGUCCCACCAUCGGUGACCACAGUAGUCAGUGAUUGUGUUUCAUCCUUAGCUAUACCCGGAGGGCCUUCUUCUGUAACGUCCUCUGCAUCAUUAGGCAUACUGCCACCUACUGCUCCAUCUUUACCUCUUGCUGUUCCGCCAUCAGUGGCACCGGUGGUAACUAGUCCUCCUGCGAUUUUGCCCACAAUCGAGGGAUUACCUCCAAUGUUACCCCCUGCAUCAUCGGAAACACCUAUGAUUACUUUCCCCCCUCCCAUAGUUACUCCUCUCCUACCUCCCAUUUCUCCCGCUGUCCCUGUUCGUCCCCUUGCCCCUAUCCCUCCCCUUGUCACUUCCCUUCUACCUCCUGUUGUCACUCACUCUCCAUCUCCUGUUGUUCCAGCAGCUUCAUUAGUGACAAUAACCUCACAAAGUACUGCUAGCCCGGCUACCGCGACAUCACCGACACCUCUUUCCACAUUUGUGUCUUCCACACUCGUUACGCCAUCCCCCACAACCACGUCCACCUCAUCAGCGCCUAACGCGCAGUCACAUUCAAGUUCGCAGCAGGCAUCGUCGUCACUGACACCGUCGCCUUCACCACAAAGCGACGCUGUGUCAUCGCCACGGCUUGCAGGGUCUUUGAUUGCCAUCAUCACAGUACUUUCAUUCCUUGGUGCACUUUCGUUGAUCCUUGGAGUCAUUCUCUUCUUUCGCACCAGAUGGCGAUACCGCCGUAUUGCACAGAUGCAACCCCUUAAAGAAGAUUUUCGACCCUCGCCACUGAACUUGUCUUCCAGGUUUUCUGUCUCAACCACAGGAUCAUUGGAGCGACUUAGGUCUUUUACACUUAAUUCGAGACCUCCUACGGCAUGAAGUCCACUGUCACUUCCUCGUCCCAUCAUUAUGAUCGUUCCACCAAUCAUAAUGAUGGUGUACUUCCAAGGUCUUCCUGAUGACAGCUUCAAGACAGGAACGAGGCCUUUAGAUUGUUGUAACACG